GUGUGAUUGUUCAUGACAAUGUUCCUAUCGUGAUAAAUUUCAACGGCCGCUCGCUCACUCACUUCAGCACACACCAAUUUUUAACGAAUCAGUUCUCUGUUCUCCCGUCCUCAUCAUACAUAACAUGGACUUUCGUUUCUUGCUUGUAUUCCUUCUCUCCACCCCCCAGAUUUCUGCUCUCCCUGCCGAUGUCACCCAUGAAGAAAAAGCACUGAUUACUCCUGCUCCGACGCCCACCCUCGCCGUCUAUGCGGAUCAUGCAGCUCUGAGACGGGGCAUCCUCAGUGACAUUACUUCGGGCCUCGACUCCUACGUCAACAGCAUCUUCAGUGACCUAGGAACUGCCAUACCUUCGUACGUCUCCAAUGGCCUGUUUCCGAACUUUCAGAAUCUGCCCACCGGCAGUGCCGUAGCCAGCUCCGUCGGCGCGAAGAGUUCCGACCUCGCCGCUUCUCCUACCCAGGUACUGAACAUACCUGGCUAUGGAAAUUGGACGAACAAUGGCUGGAAUCUGCGUGUGCACGGGAACGUGUACAAAGAACCGAACAUCUCGAAUGCGACGGUCGACAAGCUGGCCAACUUCUUCUUGAUCGACACCAGCGUCGCUGAUCUGCCACCUUCGGAACAAGAUCAAGCGAGAAAUCUCACGAGAGAAAUCUACGUCGUACAACAGGGCAACCAAACAGUGACCAUGGACCUCGUUCCAGGUCCCGAGGCCGGCUCAAGUGGACAGCCCGGAGGAGGUGGCGGAGUCACCCCAGCCGGGGGUGAACAGACAAUCACCUUGCCGUACCCGACCACUCCGGAGGGAGAUUUCGAUGUGUUUGUGCCUGUUUCAAACUCGUCAUUGACCUUGACAUCUGGAGUGGGCGACGUUCCACCUCAAAGGCUCAAUGUAUAUGCGCAGGGUGCCACGUUAGGUAACGCUACAUCCUACCUGGUGUCCGACCAAGGCUUCACCAUCGUCAGCGAUAUCGAUGAUAUCCUGCGAGUGACAAAGAUCUACCAGCCAAAGCAAGGCUUGCUUAAUACCUUUGCCAAACCCUUCACCCCCUGGAUGAAUAUGCCAGAGAUAUAUGCAAACUGGUCCAACAGCAUACCCAACAUGCACUUUCACUACCUAACGACAACCCCCGAGCAAGUCACCCGCAACUACAUGCAAUUCAUCUACGACACCUACCCUGGCGGAAGUUUCGAUACUCGCCCCCUCAACUUCAGCGAUGUGUCCGCAACGCUGUCCAUCCGCAAGGCACUUCUUGUCAAAGUCUUCGAGACGUUUCCACACCGAAAGUUCAUCCUAGUAGCGGAUACCAGUAACUCGGAUGUGAUGCGCGACUACCCUGCGAUGGCCAAAGAAUUUCCAGGACAGGUCCAAUGCAUCUUCCUGCGCAACACAUCAUCCACGGACCCUGGCGACAAAUUUCCGUACAACACAGACGGGUUUAAAGACCUCAAUCAACAAUCGUACAUGUUCUUCAAGGUUCCUGACGACUUGAUGGGUCUGGAUAUUGUGAAUGGGCAGUGUUACAACGCCAGCAUUCCCCAGAAUUUGACGUUCGGCUAUCAAGGCUUGCCGUUCGGUAUUAACCUUGGUGAUGGAAGUUCCAAUAGCAAUAGCAGCUCCAAUAGCAGCUCAAGUCACAGUGGAGCUUUGCAGUCGGUAAAUGCCUUAUCCAGUAUGGGAACGCUGCUCAUGUUGGCCAUUGGAGCUUUGAUCUUUAAUACUGUGUGAGCCCACGAUUUGGUGCUCGGAUUCGAUUGGACUCUGACGUCUUGAUCUGUGCCUUUGAAUUGAUCAUUCGGGCCUUCGAGAGGUCGGCGUUAGGACCAAUGAAAAAGAUAAUGAGGACGGGAAUCUUUGUUUCAUGGGCAAAUAUGAGCAUUCAUCUGAGGCAAGAGGAUGGGUAGUGGAUCGGCUAGAACAUCCUAAUGACGUUGAACCCGAAAGGUCCUUGCACAGAUAUGCC